CCUCUUGGGGCCACACUCUCCCUCACUUUCCUUUUGUGGCUUUAACUUUGCGCUCCAUAACACACACAGACACAUUUAUUUAGUCUGUUCCCACUGAGAAAGUUAUUUCCAGCCGGAGAGGAGGAGAGCCUGUGACAGUCCAUCUCCAACCCCAACCCCAACCCCAACAACAACCCAAGUCUGCUUUGGAAACAGUAGUCGGUUUGCUGAGCCAGGAGCUAACCAGAAGCUCCCUCUCUCUCUCUCUCUCCGUGACACAGCGAAGGGAGAGCUCCUUCCACAACACGUCUCCAUGGCUGUGUGCAACGGAGACAGCAAGCUGGAUAUCAGCAGCGCAGAGCAGAAUGGAUCAUGUGAGGGGGCGGUGGCCAUCCUGGAUGCCGGGGCCCAGUACGGCAAGGUGAUCGACAGACGGGUGCGAGAGAUGUUUGUACGCUCUGAGAUCCUCCCUCUGGAGACCCCGGCCUUCGCCAUCAGAGAACAGGGCUACAGAGCCAUCAUCAUCUCAGGAGGUCCAGCCUCUGUGUAUGCAGAAGACGCCCCCUGGUUUGACCCGGCCAUAUUCACUAUCGGGAAGCCCGUGCUUGGGAUUUGCUAUGGGAUGCAGAUGAUGAAUAAAGUUUUUGGCGGCACCGUGCACAAAAAGAAUUUAAGGGAAGAUGGAGUCUUCAGUAUUGGACUGGACAACACUUGUUCUCUCUUCAGGGGCCUUCAGAAGGAGGAACUGGUCCUUCUGACUCACGGAGACAGUGUGGAUAAAGUGGCUGAAGGCUUUAAGGUGGUGGCCCAAUCCGGGAACAUCAUUGCUGGGAUUGCUAACGAACAGAAGAAGCUGUACGGGACACAGUUUCACCCUGAGGUCGACUUGACGGAGAGAGGCAUCGAAAUGCUCCGUAACUUCCUGUUUGAGAUCGCAGGAUGCACGAGUAACUUUACCGUACAAAACCGCCAAGAAGUUUGCAUCAACGACAUCAAAGAGAAAGUGGGCAAAUCUAAAGUGCUGGUGCUGCUGAGCGGUGGGGUCGACUCGACAGUUUGCACAGCUCUCCUGAACAAAGCUCUGGACCAGGAGCAGGUGAUCGCAGUUCACAUCGACAAUGGCUUCAUGAGGAAGAGGGAGAGUCAGAGCGUGGAGGAGGCCCUCACCAAGCUGGGCAUCAAACUCAAAGUGGUAAACGCUGCUCACACCUUCUACAACGGAACGACAACCCUCCCCAUCUCUGAGGAGGACCGGACGCCACGAAAACGUAUCAGCAAGACUCUGAAUAUGACUACCAACCCAGAAGAGAAAAGAAAGAUUAUCGGAGAUACGUUUGUCAAAGUUGCCAAUGAAGUGAUCGGAGAGAUGAAUCUGAAGCCAGAGGAGGUCUUCCUGGCCCAGGGUACCCUGCGGCCGGAUCUCAUCGAGAGCGCUUCUCAUCUCGCCAGCGGGAAGGCGCAGGUCAUCAAAACGCACCACAACGACACCGAGCUCAUCCGCAAACUCCGAGAUGAGGGAAAAGUGAUCGAACCGCUGAAAGACUUCCACAAAGACGAGGUCAGAGCGCUGGGCCGAGAGCUGGGUCUGCCGGAGGAGAUCGUCUGCCGACACCCUUUCCCUGGUCCAGGUUUGUCCAUCCGAGUGAUUUGUGCCGAGGAGCCCUUCAUCUGUAAGGACUUUGCCGAAACAAACAACAUCCUCAAAAUCAUCACAGACUUCUCUGCAAGCAUCAAAAAGCCUCACACCUUGCUGCAGAGAGUCAAGUCGUGCAUAUCAGACGAGGAGGAGGAGAAGCUCUUGCAGAUCACCAGCCUUCAUUCACUCAAUGCCUUCCUGCUGCCCAUCAAAACUGUCGGCGUCCAGGGUGACUGCCGGUCCUACAGUUACGUGUGCGGUAUCACGAGUAAAGAGUCUCCUCACUGGGAGUCUCUCCUGUUCCUGUCCAGACUCAUCCCUCGCAUGUGCCAUAGCAUCAACAGAGUUGUUUAUGUGUUUGGGUCUCACGUGAAGGAGCCUCCCACAGACAUCACCCCCACCUUCCUGACCACAGGCGUUCUGAGCACGCUCAGACAGGCGGACUUUGUAGCUCACUCUAUCCUCAGAGAGUCUGGCUACUCCGGUAAGAUCAGCCAGAUGCCGAUCAUUUUGACCCCCCUGCACUUUGACCGUGACGCACAGCAGAAGCAGCCGUCCUGCCGGCGCUCUGUGGUGAUCCGCACCUUCAUCACCAGCGACUUCAUGACCGGCAUCCCCGCCCUGCCCGGAAACCACAUCCCAGAAGAGGUUGUGCUGAAGAUGGUGAACGAGAUCAAGAAGAUCCCAGGCAUCUCCAGAGUGAUGUACGAUCUGACCUCCAAACCCCCCGGCACCACAGAGUGGGAAUAAAACACGACACGACCGACAGGACACACACACACACACACUCUCAACACACAAUGCACAAACACAUUUACAAAUAUCAGAGAGGGCUGGGGAACUUCUCUCCUUUUCUCUCCUUCCUCCCUCCCUUCCCUCACCUCCUCCCUCCCUUCCUUCCUCCUCUCUUCAACAUUCCCACGGAAGGCAGAGCGUACUGUGACGGGCGCACAUGCAAAGGCGCCACCACUCCCCACUGGUCUUAAUAUUUUUCGGUGAUAGGGACUGAUUAAUGUUGGUUAUUGAUAAUAUAUUGUCAUUUUUGAUCCAUGUGCAUCUAUGUAUUUCCUCUGUGUGACUAUAAAAAAGUAAACGGCUGCUUCCUGUUCCAGUCAUUUAAACGUGAGAAGCUGUGAGACUUCAGAAAGAUGUUGUACCUCAGGUUGCAUUACGGGAAGAGCUCAAAAAUAACAAAAAAACAAGCAAACGAAAAAGUGUCAUGAAAUUUAAAGAGCAGGAGUUUUAGUCGUUUUUGUUUUAUUACACCGAAGACUAUCCACCCUGUCCAUUUACAGCCUGUAUACUGAGCUAUUUCUUCUUCUUUUAAAUCUAAACAGGCAUCCUUUGUGACCAAUCAAUUAAUUUUAAGGGUAGAAUAUGCUGUGUGAUGUAUAACCUUGAGAGGAUCCGAUCCGAGCUACAUUUGUUGACUUGUUGCUCUAACGCACGGUCAACCCCAGAUUAGCUUCAGAAUGAUAAGGAGGCAGGAGGCCAAUAUAGUGGUGCAGGAAUGAGUCUUAAAACGCGGAUACGAGUUGGCAUUUGACCACUUCCAGUGUUUAGCCUGAAAUAAGUUCUGUGGUUAAAACAAGCGAAAGAGAUUUUAUUCAACGACAUCAAACACGUCAGUAAAUACCUAACUGAUGGUGAACUUAAAAACGGCAGCUACUAACAAUUGUCUAAACAAACUGCUGUAGCUACGUGACGUACAGCAGUUUGUUUAGACAAUUGUUAGCAACUGCUGUUUUAAGUUCGAGAUGUGCUCUGAAGCGAGAAGAGGUGUUUGAAUGACGCUGCGAUGUAGCGCAAGCUACUUAAAGGGUGGGUGGAUUCCAGACGUCAAGAUCACCAGCCAAUCAGGAUUGGCGUAAUGAGAUUGAUGCUUCCGUUUGCAUACGCGUUGAGGCGCAUCCCAUAGUGAGACAUCUCACUUCAUGUUACUCUGAGAACUGGGGUUACGUAGGUAACCUAUAGUUUUAAGUUCAUCAUCACACAACGAACAUUAGCCACCUUUAGCUUAGCGGUGGUGACGUGAAGUUAGCAUAGCCUAUAGAUGUCUUUUUACUUCUGCCGAUUGCAUUUAUGCUUAAAAAAAUCACAACGUGGUAUUAAUUGGAGUUUAUCCUGCUGAACAAAACUUGUAAGUGUCAUGAGCGUUUUCCACCAAGCUUUUUUUCCACUAAAUUCCAAUGGAAAAAUCCCGUUGCGUUUUGUCGAUGGAACCGUUUGUGAUGCUAACUCCCGGGUCGGACUACAUACAUAAAUCAACGCUGCACCACUCUAGUGAUGGGGAACUUUUAUAUGUACCCGUUAUUGUUUCAGUUUAUUUCUUUCCAACCUGGACUCUUAAUGUGUCCAGAACAGGAGGAUAAAACACCGUUUCUCCUCAUGCUACAAUAUGUAGGCCUAUGCUUUUUAUGAAGAAUAACACAUGGCAGGAGGACUAAUUAAUAACAAAAGUAUAGUAGAGUUUAUAACCACAUCGUGUAAAUUGCUGUUGUCAUUUCAUCAUUAUUUGGCUUCUCUUUUGCUCAUGUUUUUUUUCUUCAGUUCAAUAUACAUCCUUAUUAAGUGUGUAGUGUCAAAGGUCAGGUUGAGUGUGUGUCUGUUGCCAUCUCUAAUGCACGUUCACUCAAAAAGGCAUUUAUUUUUCUGUUCUGAAGCACGUCAUCACCUCUAGUCUGGUCGUUUAGAGCUCAGUGAAUACAGUGCUUGGGUUGAACUGAGAUUUUAAAAGUGUAUUGUACCCCUGUAGAGGCAUUUCACUCGGUGGUUCUCAUGCCUCCAGAUUACGUCUUGGUGCCUCAUCCUCUGUUAACCUUUAGUGGCAAAACCCCCCUCCUGCAACAUUAAUGCUUUUCCUAAGUUGUCACUGUUCGGCCUUUUAUAUAUUUUUUCUGUUACAUAUGUCUCCAUGGAAAGCUUGUUACUAUUGGACACAUCAUAUGAAUUUCAUUGCAAUAUCGUUAAGAUUAAGUUAUGCAAUUCAGUGUCUUUCGUUUUUUGUUCCGUUUGAUCGCUCCUUAGUAACGUGCCUCAAACCAAGCCACUGCAUGCUGUUUCAACUAUGAUGACAUUUGUACAAUGGAAAACCUGAGCUUUAAUAAAGAUCUCCAUGUUGAAACUUCUCACCUACAAA